GGACCCAAUUAUUUUUCUCCCUUUUUAAAAAUUUCCUCUUUUUCCUUUAAUUCCUCUCCCUCGUCUUCUACCAUUUCCUUCGAUAAAUUUGCGAUCCAAAUCUUCGAUCGCUCGGCAUCGGUGUAUUUUCGCCGCAAAAUUUUCGUUUAGUGACUGUCUUGGCGUCGAAUUAGGGUUUCGAGGUUGGAUUUGUAUUUUUUAUUUAGAUUCUUAUAAUGAUUUGUUUAGAGGUCUAAAAUUAGGGGAAGUUGCAGUGGUAUGUAGGGGAUUAUUUUGGUGGAAAGAUUGGAUUUUUUAAGGUGGAUUGCUAAAAUUGGGGACGAAUUAGGGUUUUUCUAACUAUUUUUAGAUCAGAUGAGCAUCCAUUGAGGAUCCUCUGGUUGAACAGGACCCGUUGCUACAGGAAGCUUAAAUUAGGGUUGGGGUUUCAUUUGGGAUUUAAUGGGACUCCUGUUCUUCAUUCCAUGAGGUAUUAUGCGGAGCUGAAGAAUUGGGGUCGGAACUGGGUGUUUGAGUCGGGGGAUGAGUCAAAAAAUAGAAAAUAAUAGUUGAAGUAGUGCUUUGAAUUUUGAUAAACUUGGAGCAAAUGUUUUUCUCGGGGUCGGAUUCUCAUCAGGAUACAAGUGGAGUUGUGCUUAUUCCAACGAGGUUGGUCUGGCCUUAUGGAGGGCGUAGAGUUUUCGUCUCUGGCACUUUUACAAGGUGGUCUGAACCUGUAGCAAUGUCUCCUGUGGAGGGUUGCCCUAAUGUUUUCCAGGUAAUAUGUGGCGUGCCUCCUGGUUUUCAUCAGUACAAGUUCUAUGUUGACGGGGAGUGGAGGCAUGAUGAGCACCAACCUCAUGUGACAGGGAAUUAUGGAAUAGUGAACACUUUAGUCUUGACCAGGGAGCCUGAUCUUGUUCCACCAAAUUUGAGCCCCAGGACACCUGGUAGUAGGAUGAAUAUGGAUGUAGACAAUGAAGUCUUUCAGCGCGUGGUCACAGUGUCAGGCGGUGCCAUGCAGGAGGUAACUAUGAGGAGUUCAGAGGCUGAUGUGGAGAUCUCUCGCCAUCGUAUAUCUGCUAUUUUGUCAACACAUACUGCUUAUGAGUUGCUUCCAGAAUCGGGAAAGGUCAUUGCUCUUGAUGUGAAUUUACCUGUGAAGCAAGCUUUUCAUAUUCUAUAUGAGCAGGGAAUUCCUGUGGCUCCUUUGUGGGAUUCUUACAAGGGACAAUAUGUUGGAGUGCUCAGUCCGUUGGACUUCAUAUUAAUUCUGAGAGAGCUUGGGAAUGGAGCAAAUCUAACACAAGAGGAGCUCGAGACACACACAAUAUCAGCUUGGAAAGAAGGAAGACAACUACUUUACGGACAAGUAAAUGAGCAUGGUAGACCUGCUGAAAAGUGUUUAGUUCAUGUUGGUGCCUAUGAUUCAUUGAAAGAUGUAGCUGUAAAGUUAUUGCAGAAAGGUGUGGCCACAGUUCCUGUUAUCCAUUCUCCAUCACAAGACGGAUCAUUUCCACAGUUAUUGCAUAUUGCGUCCCUUUCAGAAAUACUAAAAUUUAUUUGCAGGCACUUUAGACAUUCUUCUACUUAUUUGCCUGUUUUACAGCAACCAAUAUGCACGAUCCCCUUGGGUACAUGGAUUCCUAGAAUUGGGGAAACAAAUGGUCGCCCACUGGCCAUGCUGCGACCAAAUGCCUCACUUGGAUCCGCCUUAGAUUUGCUAGUUCAAGCUCGGGUUAGUUCAAUUCCAAUUGUUGACGACAAUGAUUCUUUGUUGGAUACAUAUUCUAGAAGUGACAUCACAGCAUUGGCAAAAGAUAAAGCUUAUGCACAGAUCCGCCUUGAUGAGAUGAGCAUCCAUCAGGCCCUUCAACUUAGGCAAGAUGCAACUUCUCCAUACGGGUUCUUUGAUGGGCAGAGAUGCCAAAUGUGCCUCCGCACUGAUCCCUUGCAGAAAGUAAUCGAGCGAUUGGCAAAUCCAGGAGUUCGACGCGUGUUCAUUGUCGAAGCUGGAAGCAAGCGAGUGGAAGGAAUUAUUUCUUUGAGUGAUGCGUUCAGGUUCUUGCUCGGUUAGUCGCGGCGUAGCUUUUGAGCGUAAUCAAAUCUCUGCUUCUGUUGAAACUUUGGUUUACAAAAAACAGAAAUCACGUCUCCAUUUCUUGUUUGGCUGAUGGAAACAUUUGCCCAUGUUCUGUUAAAUGGACAGACCUCAAUGUUUUAGAGCCUGGUUUUUCAAAAGAUAAGACCACGAGGUCUGUAAAUGUCAGAUUCUUUUAUAUUGUAUUUUUACGCUAUUUCUCCUGAUUAUUGAUAUUGGAUAUUUUGCUUAUGUGCUGGUGAUGGUUUCUA